GCCAUCAUGGAUUGCCUUUUCCUCCUGAUAUGGACUUUACCUAUCCCUCUGGUCAGCUGCACGUCAGUCAAGCUGCUUUCGAGUCUCUUGUCCUGGAGCGCUAUCAAGACGCUGCAUAUUUGCUGCUCGCCUUCCGUUCACACCGUCUCGGCCGCUUACGCCGGCGGCACCCACGGAUUAAAUCACGACUAUGUGUUUGUAACACCAGUAGAAGUGGAUGCUGAAGGGGGGUACCUGACUCACGAUGUCACUAGGCGAGGCCAUCGCGGCAGGAGGUCCCUCUCUCCGUCUCCCCCUGGGGGUCAGGUGCACUACCAUCUCUCAGCCUUUGGGCGGGACAUGCAGCUGGACCUUCAGCCGUCCUCCGUGGUUGGCCCAGGAUUCACCGUGCAGACGCUGGGGUUGGAGGGCAUCACCACGGUGACGGGGGAUGCUGGCUUUCACAGCUGCCUGUACCAGGGAUUCAUACGAAACCUGGAGGCCUCCUCUGCAGCCAUAUCAACAUGCUCUGGGCUGUCAGGUCUGAUUCGUGUGUCAGAGGAGGAGUAUUUUAUCACCCCGCUUCCCCAGCAUCUAGCUGCCCAGCACAACUACAGUGCCCCUGGUGGCCACCACCCGCACGUGGUCUACAAACGCUCGGCCGAACACCUUGUCCAUGGUGAAUCUGGCAACCCAUCUCGCCACACUUCCUCUAGUCCUGACAACCCCUUCCUUCAGCUCCAACACCAGCACCGUCUUCAUCAUCAACGUCACCAUGACUACCAACAUGGGAAGCUACAGAGGCAACACUUUUGUGGACGCCGCAAGCAAUACACUCCCAAGCCUCCGUCCAAGGAUCGCUUCAUCAUGCCUGAUGAAUUUGAAGCACCUGAAGUGGAAGACCCCGGAAGGGCCAGGCGAUCACCUCUCAACACCAACAGGGUGGGGGGUCUGAAUGUGGAGACCCUAGUGGUGGCAGACAGGAAGAUGCUUGAGAAACACGGCAGGGACAACAUCACCACCUACAUCCUCACUGUCAUGAACAUGGUAUCCAGUCUUUUCAAGGAUGGCACAAUUGGGACAGACAUCAAUAUUGUGGUGGUUAGCUUGUUACUCCUGGAGCAGGAGCCUCUGGGCCUUUCCAUCAACCACCACGCAGACCAUUCUCUCAACAGUUUCUGUCAGUGGCAGUCGGGUCUGGUGGGCAAGGGUGGAAAACGCCAUGACCAUGCUGUGCUCCUCACUGGAUUGGACAUCUGCUCCUGGAAAAACGAGCCUUGUGACACCCUGGGCUUUGCCCCGAUAAGUGGCAUGUGUAGUAAGUACAGGAGUUGCACCAUCAACGAGGAUACGGGACUUGGCUUGGCCUUCACCAUUGCCCAUGAGUCUGGACACAAUUUUGGGAUGAUCCAUGAUGGAGAGGGGAACCCUUGUCGCAAGACAGAAGGGAACAUCAUGUCUCCAACUCUCGCUGGAAACAAUGGGGUCUUCUCCUGGUCUACCUGUAGUCGACAGUACCUCACACGCUUCCUUGGGACUGCCCAGGCAUCUUGUUUAGUAGAUGAGCCCAAGCAGCUCGGCCAGUACAAGUACCCAGAGCAGCUGCCCGGUCAGCUCUACGAUGCAGACACCCAGUGCAAGUGGCAGUUUGGCUCCAAGGCUAAACUCUGCAACCUGGAUUUUGUUAAGGACAUCUGCAAGUCCCUUUGGUGCCACCGUGUCGGACACCGGUGUGAGACCAAGUUCAUGCCCGCUGCCGAGGGUACCAGCUGUGGACCUGAUAUGUGGUGUCGGAGGGGUCAGUGUGUGAAAUAUGGGGAGCAUGGACCCAGAGCCGUGCAUGGUCAGUGGUCCAGUUGGUCUCAGUGGUCAGAGUGCUCCAGGACUUGUGGUGGAGGGGUCAUGUAUAGAGAGCGCUCCUGCACUAGCCCGAGACCGCAGAACAAUGGGAAGUUCUGCCCAGGCUCCAGCCGCCUCAACCAGCUGUGUAACACGCGGCAAUGCCCCCCCGGUGCCAUAGACUUCCGAGCCCAGCAGUGUGCCGAGUACAACAGCAAACCCUUCAGGGGCUGGUACUAUAAGUGGAAGCCCUACACCAAAGUUGAUGAAGAAGACAUCUGCAAGCUGUACUGCAUUGCAGAGGACUUUGACUUCUUCUUCGCCAUGGCCAGCAAGGUCAGAGAUGGCACCUCCUGCUCUGACCAUAAAGGAGAUCUCUGCAUUGAAGGAGUGUGUGAGGCAGUGGGCUGCGACCAGCUGCUUGGUUCCAAGGCCAUUCUGGACGCCUGUGGAGUCUGUAAGGGAGACAACUCAACAUGCAAGUUUUAUAAGGGCCAGUACACACUCCAGCACAGGGCUAAUGAGUACUACUCCAUGGUGACGAUACCCGCCGGGGCGCGAAGCAUCCGGGUCCAGGAGAUGGAGGUGUCCACCAGCUACCUGGCAGUGCGCUCCCUGAAGCGAAAGUAUUACCUGACGGGGGAUUGGAUGGUGGACUGGCCUGGGAAGUUCCACUUUGGCGGGGCUGUGUUCGACUACCAGCGCUCCUUCAACCGGCCGGAGAGCCUGUACGCCACGGGUCCAACUAAUGAAACGCUGGUGUUUGAAAUUCUGUUGCAGGGGAAGAACCCAGGGGUAAUUUGGGAGUAUACUUUGCCGCGUACUGAAAGGAAACCUGAGUACACCUGGGGUGUGGUGCGCUCCGACUGCUCCGCUCCAUGUGCUGGAGGUCGUAUCUCCACCAAGGCUAUCUGCCUGCAAGACCAGAAGGUUCAAGUCAAUUCCACCAUGUGUAAUCCCCAGAACAGACCAGCUCUUGGCUCCCAUCUCUGCAACACGCAGCCCUGCCCUGCGUACUGGGCGACGGGUGAUUGGGGUCUAUGCAGUCGAUCAUGUGGCGGCGGGCAGCAGACCAGGACCCUUCGCUGCUUGAGGAAGGUGACCUACCAGAGGGAGGAGGUGGUGGCCCACUCACUGUGCCCAGCAGUCUCUCCUGCCCAAGUCCAGCCCUGUCACACCCAGGCCUGCCCGCCCGAAUGGAGCACAGGAUCUUGGUCCCAGUGCUCCAAGACGUGCGGGCGUGGGCUGAGGAAGCGGACUGUGUUCUGUCGCAGCACUGAUCCGGGGGCCAAAGCGGUGGUGGUGCCCGACAGCAUGUGCAGACAGCACCACAGGCCCAAGGCCCAGGAGACUUGCGUGCUGCGGCGCUGCCCCAGGAACGAGAGGCUGCAGUGGCUCCCCACGCCCUGGGGAGAGUGCUCCAGGUCAUGUGGCUCAGGUGUUCAGAAGAGAGAGCUCCGUUGUGGGGAGAGAGACUCCAAUGGAGGGUUUGUGGAGUUCCCAGUUCGGAGGUGUAGGAAUCUGGCCAAGCCAUUGGUGGAUCUCCAGCAGGCCUGCAGCCAAGGCCCGUGUCCCGAGACUCCUCGGGUUGUACCUGGCAGAACCACCUCUGGUGCUGUGGUCUUGGGCUGGUACUCCUCCCCCUGGCAACAGUGCUCAGUAUCAUGUGGUGGAGGGGUGCAGACUCGUUCCAUUCAGUGCCUCCGACAGGGUCGUCCAGCAGCUGGCUGCCUGCCCCACCAGAGACCCCUCACCUCCAGGGCUUGUAACACCCAUUUCUGCCCAGCCCCUGUCCCUGCUCCAGUCUCUAUGCCAGCCCCUGGACCGGUGGCACGCCCAGGACAAACACCAGGCAAGGUCCCUGGUGCUGGGGUAAAUACGAAAGAUGAGCAGUGCGUGGACCUCUUCAGCUGGUGCCACCUGGUUCCCCAGCACGGCGUGUGUAACCACAAGUUCUACGGGCAGCAGUGCUGCAAGUCUUGCUCCAGCAAGAGGCAGUAGAACCAUGUCGCCUUUGAGUCUC